GGGACACCUGACGCCUCUGAGUAGGACGAGCACAUCUCACCCCCCGAAGGACACGAUUGCCCAUCAUCACUUACAAUGUCUGUCGUCGUCAGUCGCAGAAGUAGCUACAGCUCACGCAGCAGUAUAGGCUCCAGUGGACUCAGCUUAUCCGGAGGGAUGCCGUUCCAAGCGGUUGGAGGCGGUAGGUCUCGAAUGAGCGUGUCUGCGUCCUCCGUCAGAAGCAGCCGCACACCCAGCGUAUACGGGGGUGCCGGGGGAUAUGGCACCCGUAUUUCUCAGUCCGUGUCCGCUUUGUCCAUGGCUGCGCCUUCCAGCGAGUUUAUCAUGAGCGCCAACGAAAAGGUGACCAUGCAAAACCUCAAUGACCGCUUGGCCACCUAUCUGGAGAAGGUGCGUUCCUUAGAGGCAGCCAAUCAGAAACUAGAGCUGCAGAUCAAGGAAUUCUAUGAGAAGAGGUCCCCAGUUCACAGCAAGGACCUGACCGUCUACCUUGACACCAUCUCUGGACUCCGUAAGAAGAUCCUGUUGGCGUACACGAAUCACGCUCAGGUGACCCUGCAGUUGGACAACGCCAGAUUGGCAGCCGACGACUUCAAAAUCAAGUUUGAGAUGGAGCUCAACAUGCGGAUGACUGUGGAGGCAGACAUGGCCCGUCUAAAGGGGGUUCUGGACAGCUUCACGCUCUCCCGGAGCGACCUGGAGAUGCAGAUCGAGGGGCUGAGAGAGGAACUGGUUUACCUGAAGAAGAGCCACGAGGAGGAGAUGGAACUGAUGCGUGUGCAGCAGGGCGGAGCCGUGAACGUGACGAUGGACUGCCCUGCCUCUGCCGACCUGAACAAGGAACUGCAUGAUAUGAGGGAGCAGUACGAGUCUCUCGUGCAGAAGAACCAGAGAGAGGCUGAGAAGUGGUUCCAAGGAAAGGUGGAGGCGCUGCAGGUCCAGAUCACCACCAGCACCACGGAGGUGAAGACCUCCCAGUCAGAGCUGGGUGACCGGAAGAGAACCUUCCAGAGUCUGGAGGUAGAGCUGCAGGGCAUGCUCACUCAGAAACAGUACCUGGAGCAGAGCAUGGCUGAAGUGAACGGUCGCUACGGCGCCCAGCUCAGCGCCCUGCAGCUCCGCAUCAACGCCAUGGAGGAAGAGCUCCAGCAGCUCACCACCAGCAUCCACCUCCAGGCCACAGAGUACCAUGUGCUCCUGGACAUCAAGAUGAGGCUGGAGAUGGAGAUUGCCGAGUACAGGAGGCUGCUGGACGGAGAGGCGUACAGCCACCAGAACACUGUCCGAGAGGUGAAAGAGAAGAAGGUGAUUGUAGUUGAGAAGGUCCAGGAAGUGACGGUGGUGGAAGAAGAGCAUAACCCUCACAUUCAGAGGAGAGUGAAGACCAUCGUUGAGGAAAUAGUGGACGGCAAAGUCGUGGCCACCUCUUCUUCUGAGAAAGUCCAGGAACUGAGCUAGAAGAGAAGUAACGAGAGAGAUAUUUUCCUGGCGAAACAUUCAUGGUCUUCCAUAAUGACACAGAGCACACUGCAACUUUUGUUUCCAGGCAGGAAAGAGGCUGGAUGUUAAUUGAAGGGUACGGGGUAAAUAAAUGUUACUGGAUUAGAAAGGUUUCAGCCUGUGGUUACUGGACCUACUGCGAGUAGAAAGUGGGCAGUUACCACAAACUUAAAAAGGAUUUUGUGGGGGUUUGAAUUUUUCCAAAGAACUUUGUAUUUACUUGUUACUGACAGGGCUCGAAUGUUGACUUACAUUUUUUCUAUCUAACCGGAGGUCUUUUUUUCUCUUUUUUUUUCUCCUCGUCUUGCAUAUCUGGAGAUAUGUUGCUGUUUUACUGUCUUUUUGGUAGAACUGACUCUUGUCAGUUCAUGCAUGUGGCUGGAUCGUAUGAACAAAUAAAACAAUAUUUCCUCAAGUA